CCGAUGAGACUUUUUGUGUGCCGUUUUUUGUUGGCGAUGGUGAGGGUGUCAGUUUUGGGGGACACAGGCGAGGUCGUCAGUUUGUAACGUCACACUUUUGAAUUAACUUCACAGCUACGUUGGCGAUGGUGUUGUUGUGUAGGUUUAAUCUCUUAACGGAGAAUGCACAAGACUUGGCAAAGCUAAUGACCCUUGAAAAUGGAAAGCCCCUCAACGAAUCCAUGAUCGAGGUUACGUAUGGCAGCAGCUUUGUUGAAUGGUUCGCGGAGGAAGCAAAGCGUGUUUACGGGGACAUUAUCCCUGCCACGGUGGCAGAUAGGAAAAUCCUUGUGGUAAAGCAGGUCUCGCCUGCAUUGGCUGUCGGUUGCACCGUGGUCCUGAAGCCUUCAGAGCUGACACCUCUGACCGCCCUUGCAGCAGCUGAGCUAGCUUUACGUGCAGGGCUGCCUCCGGGUGUACUCAACAUGGUGUUCGGUGAUGCGCCUGCUGUGGGAAAGGCAAUCCUGGAGAGCAACCAAGUACGGAAGAUUACUUUCACAGGAUCAACAGCAGUGGGAAAGCUCUUGAUGCGAGGCUCUGCUGACACUGUAAAGAAGAUCUCCUUGGAGCUUGGUGGGAAUGCUCCCUGCAUCAUCUUUGACGACGCUGAUGUCGACGUGGCGGUCCGCGGAACGGUAUGCAUUUACGAUGAAUUUUCAAAGAAGUUAGCGGAAGCAGUGGCGAAGCUUAAAGUAGGAAACGGCUUCGACGAGGGCGUCUCUAUAGGACCGCUGAUCAACGAGAAUGGGCUCAGUAAGGUGAGAGGAGCAAGAGCACUGCCCAUGCAUGUGGUUGGAUUGAAAGUUUUAAAGUUUUGAAAUCGGAAUUGGAAACUGGAGAAGACCAGAAGGGUGGGGGGAGGGUGCAGUUGGGAAGGAAACAAAACCGGACAUACCAG